CAUCCACGUCGCUGCACCAGCUUCGUUCCAUUCUUACUACUACUACCUCUACACAGUAGCUCCCACCAAACACACGACACGGCAUCUACCUGACUGGACGAAUUCUGCCGCUUGUCGGCCGUGGCAGCCCGAUAACACCUACUUGACGGCGAAGCGACCAAAGCAAGCUGCUGUCUUUUCCGCCAAUAUUUCUGGCCGACACUGGGUCAUCUGCACACGGCAGUGGAAACUCUUCACCAUCCACAUCGUUCCGUAUCGCAAGGCGAACCCAAGACCUCACAAGGUGACCGAUUCACAAACCGCAUACAUAGGUAUCGUCUGUAGUACCUAGUUCGCGUCUGGAGAUCAUGGUCUAUACGGCACAGCAUGUCAUGAGCGGCCUGGCAAACCCCCAGCCGCCGUCUCCACACCUAUUAUCUCGACGUUUCUGCUUUCCAGUCGAGACACCGGCAGCAAUGGCAGACUGUCGUCAAGCCAUCCAUUCGGAUCAUCACACGUCCUGAUAUCACGCCCAUGUAUGCCCGCGGCCCGAGACUAGUCGGCCGACAAAGAUUGCACUGGGCCACAGUUCGAAGGAUGCCGCGGCCCGAGACACUACCUCUACCUAGUUUCAGGCUUCUUUUGCGGCUGCACUGCAACUUUAUCCAUCGAACGCCAUGAACCCUCGAUGGACCCUUUUCUUCGCUAUUGAUGUCGCAAUGUUACCAGGUAGACCAGACAGUGCGGACGCUAUGCGACCCUGAUGGUGAUUACUUAAUCCUGGGUCGUCGGAUUAUCUCGAAACUUGGACUCGUGCAUGCCAUGUGGGUUUUUGAUGUUUACGGACGACCUGCCUUUGUUUGCGAGGGGCACCCCAAGUACCUAUAUCUAGUACUGUCCUCAGCCAGGAUCUCUGCCUUCGAGAUCAAGUGCCUCCAGUCUCCACUUCCCUGUCAUCGUCUUUAACAACUACCUACGGAGACCGGCUCCAUCCUGAACCACCGUCAACAUGCCUCUCCCAUCAAAGUCAAGCGACCUGAUCCUCAUCGGUCAUAACCCGAUUAAGGACUCUGAUGGUCAACUCACAGCUGACUCCGUUCGCCGACUUAGCACCAUCUCGACAGACUCAGACUAUGAACUCAUCCACUUUGGCGAACCUCAUGACUUCUCCCAAGCAGAGGUAGAUGAUGAUGCCUCCGAACAUGACAAUGCCUCCACAGUAUCAGACAACUCCCACAUCUCUCUGACUCCCGCCUUCUACCACCAUCACAUCUCCCCUUACGGCCGCCGCUACCACGGUUUCCAGUCGUCCUGCGGCUACAUCCUUCCUAACGACCCUCCCGAACAGGAUCGGGAAGACCUUCUGCACCUUUUGUCAUUGGAUCUCAUCUACGGCCGCCACUUCCUGUCCCCCAUCGGCGACAACCUCAACAAGAUUCUGGAUCUUGGCUGCGGAACAGGCAAAUGGACAGUGGAGAUUGCCGACAAGUUCCCGUUCGCAAAGGUGGUGGGAGUGGAUUUGAGCCCAAUUCAAGCGGUCCUGAGUCCAGAGAAUGUGGAGUGGUGGGUUGAUGAUAUUGAGGAUGAGGAGGAAAACUUUUUUGAGACAGAGAGGAAUGAUUACGAUCUCGUACAUGCCAGAUAUCUACUUUCCAUGGUAGUUGAUCCUGCGGGACUGAUAGGGAAAUGCUUCGAUCACUUAAAGCCAGGCGGUUGGAUUGAAACGCAGGACCUCCACCCUCGGAUCAUGUCUGACGAUAAUUCCAUUCCCGCAAAAGACACGUAUCCGCCCGCGCAGUUUAUGGAUUUGGCACACAUAGCUUGGGCUCAAGCAGGCGUCGAUUGCCGCAUCACUCCCCAGAUAGGAAAGAUGAUGAAGGGAGCCGGCUUCGUCAACGUGACUUGUAGACAGUUUAGGGUGCCGCUGGGCCCAUGGCCUAGAGACGAAAGGAUGAAGAAUCUUGGAAACUUGCUAAGGGCAGCAACGGAAGAAUUGGUACCCGCUAUCAUGGCGACCUCAUCGAUGAGGAAGUGUUUUGUCGAAGAGGAAGUGAAAGAACUACAAGAGGGUUGCAAAAAGGCGAUGGGUGAUACCAAAAUUCACGGGUAUAUGUGGAUGUACUUCUGGUAUGGGCAGAAACCACUGGUCGAGGAAGAAACCGUGCCGGUGUGAACAAUGAAUACAUGGUGGAAAAUGAAGGCCAGGUGACGAAAAGAGAGGAUAUGAACGAGAAAACACCAAAAAAUUCGAUCCACCCAGGGGUCGAACCUGGAAC